UAUACCACUGCAUUAUAAAAGAGGUUCAGUUUGGAAGAACAUCAACAAUGAAGAUUAAAACCCUCCUCCCAACCCUCGCGCUGAUAGCAGCCACCACGCAAGCCGCAACCCCCUCACCCCAAGACCACCCCCCCAAUAUCCGUGACAACGCGCUACAUUUUCUUCGGCAAGAUCCUGACGACCGACACCUGCGUCGGGCUGACGCCGGACGGCGUGAAGGCGUACUGCGGCUACCUGCGGGCCAUCCACAACUGCCCCUGCUCCGACCCCAACCCCGAGGGCAAUAUCGUGGUGGACUGCUCCAUGACGCUGAAUGUGCUCGGGGCGUGCAAGGGGAUAAUCGUCUCGGAUCAGGAUGCGUGCUCGAAUGAUGGGGGGGUGUUUCGGUCGACGCUUUAGUUCCCUCUAGGAUUCUUUUGGCUUUUGGUAGGUGGUGUGGAAUUGGUUGGGCCGGUCAUCUACACAGGCAUUUCUGGGAGGCGGGUGUCUUGGUUGGAUGAAGGAAGAUUGAGAAGCUUGUCGGUGAUACUGAUCAAUUCUUGCACAAGGGUACAGCUCUGCAUAGUCUAUGCAUAGCUACUGCUUA